AUGAGCAUGGUGGGAGAGCUAAUAUAUUUUCUUGGUCUUCAAGGUAAACAACUCUCUGAUGGGAUAUUUAUAUCCAAAAGUAAGUAUGCUAGAAACAUGCUUCAAAAGUUUGGCCUUGAAAACGCUAGUCCCAAACACACUCCAGCUUCAACUCAUGCAGAACCUACCAAAGACUCCAAUGCUAUAAAUGUUGAUGAAAGCUUAUACAGAAGCAUGAUUGGAAGUCUACUGUAUUUAGUAGCUAGUCGUCCAGACAUUGCUUACGAUGUGGGCGUAUGUGCUAGAUAUCAGUCUAAUCCAAAGACAAAUCCUCUAACAAUUGUUAAACAGAUCCUAAAAUACAUUAGUGGGACAGUGGACUAUGACCUUCUUUAUUCCUCUGAUUCUUGUUGGAAUUAA